UGAAAACUUGAUAUUCUGAUGGAAAUUUUGGGAAGAAAAUGGUGAAAACAAGACACAGAGGGGACGACGAUGACGAUGAAGUCGUCGAAUUUAUGUCCCUUCCUGCCGAAAGAUCAAGUAGGCGUAAUUCUAGGAUCUCUAAGGUCCAGGAACUGGAUCUAGAUGAUGCACGAGAUGAAACUGACGGUAGCGAUGACCCAGAUUAUUCCCAGAGGGCUGCACUUUCUACGAGAGGAAAGAAGAUUACCAGAAGUGGCAGAGUUGUGGCGAGACCUGGCAGGCUCAGUCCUGAAUUGGUCCCAAAUAAACGCAGCCCAAUUAAAAUGGCAGGGAAGAAAAGUUACCCAGGCCGAAGGAAGGGUAGAGCUGAAUAUUCUGAUUCAGAUGAUGAAUCAGAACAAAGAGUUAAUAACAUUAGCUCCAAGUUGGUAAAUGGCAGCCUCGACGAUGAUGAACCCACUGUGCGCCGCAGUACUCGCCACCGUCGCCUUCUCUACGACACCUUCAACACAAACCUCAUCGACCGAAUCCAGUCUGCAAGUUAUGAAAAUAACUCAUUUGAACGCAGUGCAGAUCGAGACAAACCCAGUCGCGGUGUAAGAAAUACAGUUAUAAUAACGCGCAGGCGGAGGAGAAAUCAGGAAGUGGAUUUGAAUGAUCUACCUCCAGAUGAGGUUGAAAUGGAUAUGUAUUCCAAGGUGAAGCGUACACGCUCGAGGGUAAAGAGGGACAUGUAUGGUAUCCCAAUCACUGAGGAAGGCAAGUCUGAUGAUGAGGAAGAGAGUAGUGAUAGAACUGAGGGUUCCGGUUCAGAUGAGGUAGGUGAUGAAGAAACUGCGGAAGGAAAUGAAAAUCAAGGAGAUGCUGAAAAUAAUGAAGAGGAAGAGGAGGAGGAGGAGGAGGAAGAGGAAGAGCCUCCACAACGUAAACAGUAUUAUCUCAGAGAAAAUAAACCCAGGACCCAGAUCUUUGAUGCUGGACCAGAUAUCCGAUACAGUCGCCCCAAGAAGUUCACCGAUAUCCUUGGGGCUCAUUCCCCAGUUCGUCGAAAACAUCUCAUCCGUAACGUGCACAAAUCUCCAGCCAGAAGAAGCCCAGCUUUCAAAUUUAGGCGUCGGGCAGCAUUCCAUGGGAGCAGCUCAACCUCCAGCAGCAGUAGCAGUAGCAGCAGUGAUGAUGAGGAGAGAUUCCAGAGGAGGAAGGCCAAGAGUAUGGCCAAGUCUAGAACCAGAUGUUUGCCAAUGAACUUGGAUCGGGACGACGUUGCCGCUGGAGUACUACGAGACCGUGCAAGGAUUGGGUCAAGUCUGGCGGAUGUUGACCCAAUGAGUGUUGAUAGGAGUAUCACCUUUGAAAGCGUUGGCGGCCUCGGAAAACAUGUCAGAGCUUUGAAAGAAAUGAUUGUGUUUCCUCUGAUGUAUCCUGAGGUAUUUGAACGCUUCAAAAUCCAGCCGCCACGAGGAGUUCUUUUCUAUGGACCACCAGGUACUGGUAAAACAUUAGUGGCACGGGCUCUUGCCAAUGAGUGCAGUCAGGGAGAUAGAAAGGUGGCUUUCUUCAUGCGGAAAGGUGCUGAUUGUCUCAGCAAAUGGGUGGGGGAAUCUGAGAGGCAGCUCCGUCUUCUCUUCGACCAGGCGUAUCAAAUGCGCCCAGCAAUAAUCUUCUUUGACGAAAUUGAUGGCUUGGCACCGGUACGCUCUAGUCGUCAGGACCAGAUCCACAGCUCCAUCGUUUCCACCCUCCUGGCGCUGAUGGAUGGCUUAGACAGCCGUGGGGAGAUUGUUGUUAUCGGAGCAACGAAUAGAAUAGAUUCAAUAGAUCCAGCUCUUAGGAGACCCGGAAGGUUUGACAGGGAAUUCCUCUUCCCCUUGCCGUCAUUAGACGCAAGAAAACAGAUCCUAAAGAUCCACACCAAAGAAUGGAAUCCAAAGCUAGCAGACGCAUUCAUUGGCGAAUUGGCUGAGAAGUGUGUAGGCUAUUGUGGAGCAGACGUGCGAGCUCUCUGCACUGAGGCAGCACUCUUUGCACUCAGGAGACGGUACCCUCAGAUUUACACCACAAAUGACAAACUCCAGCUUGAUGUCACAUCCAUCAAUAUCAACGCGCGUGACUUCCACUAUGGCAUGCAGAACAUUGUUCCAACUGCACAAAGAUCUGUCGUCUCCCCUGGGCGAGCUCUAUCGUCAGUCAUUGAGCCGCUUUUGAAAGACAUGUUCGGUAUUGCGUUGGAUGCUCUUGGGAGGAUAUUUCCAGCUGUUUUGAUGCAGCUGAAAAGUCUUGAUAUGGGUGGUAAUAACAGUGAUGACGAUGUAGAACUCUACAGUGAUGAUGACGAAGAUCAGGCAUCCAUCUAUGAUAACCCGCUCCGCGGCAGAUACCGCAAUAGACCCAACAAAAGUAAUUCUCAGGGACCAUUCUUAAAUUUCCAGAGUGCUAGUUACCAUCGUCCAGCCACCCAUCGACCCCGGUUGUUGUUGUCAGGUCAGCCAGGCCAAGGCCAAAGUUCGCAUCUUGCCCCAGCAAUAAUACAUCAUCUUGAACAGCUACCUGUUCAUGUCUUAGAUCUUCCAUCUCUCUAUGCAGUCAGUGCCAAAACACCAGAGGAGUCAUGUGCUCAGAUAUUUCGUGAAGCAAGAAGAACGAGUCCUAGUAUUAUCUAUCUGCCGCACAUCAGUCAUUGGUGGGAUGUUAGCACGGACACUCUCAGGGCAACGUUCCUGACUUUACUGCAUGACAUGGAACCAACCACACCUGUGUUGCUGUUGGCGACCAGUGAUGAGGCGUACAGUGAUCUUUCAGAACAGAUCCAUGUUCUGUUUGAUGAUUUCUCAGGGAAUGUUAUUCACAUGAAGAAUCCAAACACUCAAGCAAGGAGGGACUUCUUCGAGGAUCUCUUCUUGAACCAGGCAACGAAACAACCAAGUCAGAAAAGAAAAGCAGCCACCAGGGCUCUCGAGGUCUUGCCUAAGGCGCCACCACCUGAACCAAGGCAGUUGACGGUGGAAGAAGCCAAGCGUUUACAUGAACAAGAGGAGGUGACAUUACGAGAGUUACGCCUUUUCCUCAGGGACGUUAUCAAUAGACUCGCUAGAGAUAGAAAGUUCGCCAUCUUCACCAAACCCGUUGAUGUGGAAGAGGUUGAAGAUUACUACGAAGUGAUAAAAAAUCCCAUGGAUCUCGCAACAGCAAUGGCAAAGAUUGAUCUCCACAAGUACGAGACUGCUGACGAAUUCCUGACAGACAUCAACCUGAUCUGUAGCAAUGCCUUGGAGUACAAUCCUGAUUUUAACCCAACAGAUCGUGCAAUAAGGCAUCGUGCAUGCGCACUGAGAGACUUGGCACAUUCCAUUGUGAAAGGUGAACUUGACCCUGAGUUCGGCAAACUCUGUGAGGAUAUUGUGGCAUCUCGUAGAAGAAGAGGAAUCAGUCCUACCAAGAUGGCACCCAAGUAUUAUCACGUGAAGCCACUGAAUCCAAAUUCGGUGCAAAGCCUUCAUUUCUCGUCAACUCCUGCAUUACCAGAGUCGUACCCAAGCAGAUUUAGUCGGCGGGCAAGAGGGAUGGACACAGAGACACCUCACGAAGUACUAAGUGACCGGCGUGUGCCGAAAGAAAGAAAUGCUAUCCAGACACCGAAUACAUGUAGAACUCAGUCGCCGAAGAGGAAGAAGCAGAAGAUAGGCCACAGAUUGCACUCAAAACGCAUCGUUAGAGUGACAAGAGAUCAAUAUAAAGAACUUAUGAAAAAGAGACAAAAGAAAUCGCCAUGGUGUAAGCCGACAAAAAACCGUCAGCGCUUCGCACCAAUUUAUGAGAUAAUAGAGGAUGAGGAAGAUGACGAUGAAAAGUCAAAAUCAGGAGAAGAGGAUGAGGAGGAUGAGGAAGAUGCCAACAAGGCUGAUUCAGAUGCUGCGGAUGACAAAAUGGAGGAAGAAAAAACUAUGAAUUCAGCACUCCGGAGUCCCGGCAGUAGUAAACCCAAUUCACCUCUUGGCCUGGGUUCUAGAUUGUCGUUUCAGUCGAACAGUCCGCGUUGCACUCGACCCCAUAGUCCUGCUAGUGCGCGGUCAUCUAGUCCGGGUCGUGCGGCCGCUACUCGAGAAAGGGUGAACUCUGGUAUGGACUUUGAACUCAUAUCUGAACACAGUUAUAGUAAAAGUCCCGACCGGAGUCCGAGGUUAGAAAAUAGUCCUCGAAGUGUUACAGAACCAUUGACUAUUGAUACUGGGAACAAGAAUAUACCUCUUCUGAUGAAUGAGGACUCAAAUAAAGAGAAUGAUCCACUUGCAACGUCGUUGUCACCAAAGCUGAGCGAGGCUGGGGAUUCCAGAGUUGCAGCAUCUAGGAAGCGGAAACGUUCCAACUCACAUACCUCCCAGCCAGAGAUAGACACAGAACAAACCAUUCCAAGUGUUGAUGUAGCUGUUCCUGCUCCAGGUCAGGAGAAAAGUUCAGAUACAAGCGACACAGAAAUCACAGCCAGCCCUGCGAUGAGGAUGACCCGAUCAAAACAGCAUAAUAAACAGAUUUCCAAAGCCGUAGACAUUCUGGAUGAGCCGACACCGCCUCUCAUCGUGGAUAGAGAUGCUCUAGUCACGCUACUUGACAGCACUGUUGAACUAACCAAAGACUACAUGGUGGAACAGUUGGAGAAGGCCCAUUGCCUGUUGGCUCAAUGUGUGUUUAACCAUCGCCAGAGCUACGAUAAAACAGAAUUAGUGGAGGAAAUGAGGACAACACUGCUGAAGUUCACAGAACGCCGCUGAUGUAUCGCAGCCCGGUUACCAUCUUCAGGGACAAACAACAUUCAGGGACAGAUAUACACCAAGGCUGGUGAGGCCUAUAAGUCUGAACUCCUUGGAAUUACUCGCUGCCAAUACCAUCCUAUCCUGCUAGUAUCAACUCAUAUCAACAGACGUUACACACUUUAUUGUACUAAAUAUUCUUGUUAACAUUUGAACUGUUUCAUGCUGUGAUGCUCAUAGCAAUAUACUGGUGACCAAAAUGUCAGGAAAAUGGUGCUUUUGAGGUUGUAGAUCAAGUUAAGAAUACUUUGAAUCACACUAUAUAAACACCUUGAUGGUGUGUGUGAUAAAUUAUCACACAACUUUUGCACAGAGCGACCAGAACAAACCCUGCCUUUCGAAAUCUAGCAUGGAGGAUCUGACUGUGCGAGUUUUCCAAGGAUUUCUCAGGGAUAAGGAUAUUUCUACUAUAUUUCACAAUAAAACCUUCUUUUUGAGAUGUUGACUGCAUGCCGAAAUGUGUAUAUAUUUUGUAAGUUUUGACCAUUGUUACUUUCUGCUUCCUUGUUGAUGCUCUCACGGCAGUGCUAAACUUAAUCUUGAUCAAUGUUACGGUAUUAAAGCAAAUAACUGUGUGAGGCCCUCCGACAGAAAUAUAAGUUACUGUGUCAGCCAUUUAUAAGAUGUUGAGAAGUGUAACCCCAUUUCACGCGGUGAAAUAAUGAACACGAUACGACUAAGAUCUGAUCCGCUUAAACUGUUGAUAUUGGUGAAAAAAGUAUGUAUGUAGUGUAAAAAACAUAUCGGAAAUGGCUGUAGUGACGUGCGCAUCUUUUAUCAUGCUUGUCUUAUGAACAGGUGUUUUCUGCUAAAGGUAAGUGCUCUAUUGUGUCUAGGAAACGUCGAGGCUUGUUGAUUGAGAAGUGGGCUGAACUUAAGUUCAGUGUUUUGCUGAGCGGGAUAUAUAAUAAGUGAAUUCGUUUCAAUAAAGUUCAUACACUGCCAAAUACAAAUGUAUAUUCUUAGUCAUAACUAGCUGUUCUGAUUCGUUCUUAGUAAGCCUCCUGGAUGUGAGGGAUAGAAAACCAGAUUUGGCUUUGAUUAGAAGAUCUUACAUAUAAAUUUGUGUUUAGCUAGGAACUUAAAUGUCUCUCUUGUCCACCGUACAAAGUCCAUCAAGUAUUUUGAGUCAUUUCAGUUCUGUUGCUCAAAAGAUUUCUUUUUGUGUGUGUCCAUUUUAAACCUACUUUGUACUUGCCAUGAAUAUUUUAAUUCGUAGCAUUUUGUAACCUUUGAUGUUUUGUCACAGAAUUCAUUUAUGUUCUGCAUGCACUAAAAUAUGUCAUUGUUCACUCUUGUGCAAAAAUGUGUGGUUUUUUGUGUUCGAUCAUUCAUCUAACAAUCUCGUCAUCACCAUUCCACAUAAUGGGAGCAAACAAAAUGGUGUGUUGGGUUACUGUAAUACUUCAUAUUUCUUGUUGGGGCUUGUUUGGUUGUGAUUGUGAUACAGUUUGGGGACAGUACCAAUCUAAUUUGGCUAUGACACAAGCAAAGACACAUUACGUGUAUGUUGUAUCUCAAGACCUGUUUAUUUGCGAAAAAAAACAAAAAAUGAGAUCUUGUAAUUAUCGUGCUUGCAGAUUUGUAAAUAAUGCAGCAGAAUAGAAAAAUGGGAUGAACAGUUAAGUGUAAUUUUUGGUGGUGGGCUUGAAAUUGAAAUUAAUAUAUUUGUACUUUUGGUUUAAAAAUAUGAUUUUUUUACCAUUGCUCUGGAUUCAGACUUUCAUGUCUGUUCAUGUAACAUUACAGAUACUCUAGUUUCACCGAUCUAAGACUGUCUCUAAAACUUCCAAGUGAUAUCAUGCACAUAGUUAUUAGAUGCUGUUCAUAAUGCUCAUUUGGGAUAGUCAAUGGGUUAGUGACACGAAGUAGUCCCAUGGUCUUGACUUCAUAUUUUUGGCCAUUGUGUCAAUUUCAUUGUAAUGAAUGAACCAGUCUUAGAUCAGUGAAACUUGAGUAUGUCUUAUUUUUUUUGGUUUCACAAUGAUUGCUCAAUGGUUCACAAAAAUGAUUUCUGUAAAAUAAAUCAACAAAUCACUCGAUGUAUGUUCUUAUGUUUUAAUAUUAUUUGUAUUUGUGUAAAAAGUUGUAAAUAUGUAUUUAUAUUUUUCUUAUCUUCAGAAUGUAGACUUGGGGACAUUUCAUAAAGUGUUUACAUAGUAAAUGUUUUGCCUCAGAAAAAAGGCGCUAAAAUAUGCAAGAUUGACCCUACCUUAACACUGAAGUCUUGUUUGUUCUAUGUUACUUAUUAGGGAGACUAAAGAGGGGGGGGGGGGGGGGGCAAGAUGAUGAAAAAAAGGGACAUUUUUGAGAAUAAACAUGCAAAAAGUUUAAGGCAGAGCUGUUGGACUGAUAUUUUAAAACCUUGCUCCCUUUAUACUUUAUGGAUUGUCCCUGACUUCUUUAGGGUAAUAAUUUUCUAUCGAUCAUUGAUGAAGAACAAAAUGUGUUUCUUUCUAGCAUUUCCAUAUUCAAGGAAUUAAGUUUGAACAACACAGUUGGGUUCUGAUAGUACUUGGUAAACUUUCUGUUUCACAAGUUAUGGUUGAGGUAUUUUUCUACAGUUUGGCUGUUUGAAUGUUUGUCUAAUUUUUGGAAAGGUAACUUUUGUACCGGUAUUCACUGUUGUCUGUCGAGAAUCAGUUUCUCAGGUAUAGUGAAUUGUUUUACACCGGCUGGUGUAAUUUCUUUUUACAUUGACAAUUUCAACAUCUGGUUAAAAGUGAUUUGACCAGCUGCAUGUUCUAUCCAGUGGCUAAAACAAUUUGGUUGAAACCGUGUUGUGGAACUUAUUGUGCGUGCAAGGGUCCCUCUUGCCUACAGUGAUAAUUAUAUAGUACAUGAUGUCAAUGCGAUUUCCUCUCAGAUAUUGUGAUAUUUUCAGUGAACAAAGGUAUACAUACUUUAAACCCAGAAAUAUUUCCUGGUUAACGGUUUGCCCUUCUGUGGCCUGACCUACAGUAGGCCUCAACCACAAACAACACUUCUGAGUGACAUUCACAGAAAUGUGUGUGCAGUAAAUAGGGUUUAUGCAUAACUGCAUUAACGAUACUCCAGAUAUAUUACCCUUCAAAGACCGUGAAAUACAUGUAACCAACAAUGGUUCAAUGUUUUGAUACAUUGUAAAAUACUUGUAUUAAUAUUGUAAAAUUUAUUCCAAUUUGUAAAACUUGUUAUGACGGUACUUAUGAUAAAUAUACAAGUUGUCCUCUUUGUAACCCUUUUUGGAAUACUGAACACCCCUUUAUUUCUGUGAUCCUAACAACUUCCGUUUUUGCAAAGGGCAAACAUUCAUGUCUCAAAAAUUACUGAUGAAAAGAUAAAAUCAUUUAAAAACCAUCCAUUCGCGGAAUUUAGUACUGGUGAAAUCUGAAAAAGGACAUUUUCGCUAAAAUUUAGGUCUGUAAAAAAGGGAUUAACAGUACUAUUUUGCAGGCUUUGAAGGGUUGGUGAAAUAGUUUUUGGUCAUGGUAUUGUGUUCACAGAUCUGAUUAAGUAGUUAAAAUAGUUAUUGUUGAAUAACAGAAUGUAUGGAAAUAAAUAGAUGGAAUGCGAUGGAAUCAUUGUACAACAUUGAUAGUGCUUGUUCUCAAGGUUAAUAAAAUUACAAAUUUGUAUUA